GCGAGUGGGAGAAGCAGAUCACGGUGCGGCGUGUCUUCUUGGUUUGGACCCCAGGAUUGACCUAACUUUUUUCUCCUUUUCUGUUCUCAUAAGACAGAAGUAACGUCCAGCACAAAGAGAAUGCAAACGAAAUAUGUCUUUAUCAUCUGAGAUGGAGAAGAAUUCCACCGAAGAUGAUUGUGCGGACUCGGGAGCGGAGACUGCAGGGUCUGACUACAGCCCCAUGUCAUCAGCCAGCAGUGAGCUAUCGAUGGCCGACCUGCAGGACCCCUUCCUGGUCAGCGUGCACAUCAUCACAGACCCGGGCCAGGCCAAGCCCCUGCAGCGGGCCGCCGACGCCGUCCUGGCCUGGAUCCACCCAGAGCUGCAGCUGUUCCGCGUGUCGGAGCGCGGCGCCUGGCAGCGGCGGCCCAAGCAGGCCCCCUCCCCCUCCUCCGGCCAGCAGAGGGCGCCGGCGAGCCAGCCGGCCCUGGCCGUGAUCCUGUUCCUGCAGGAGGAGUACGCCGGGGAGGAACAGGUGCUGCGUCUGCACCGCGCCCUCCGCCGCCCGCCCUGGCGCUACCACCACACCGAGCUGGUGAACGGCCGGCUGCUGCCGCUGGCGCCCUGCAGCCAGGACUUCUACACGCUGGCGCCCGGCACGCCGCUCUGGGCCGUGCGGCAGGUGCACUACGGCAAGGAGAUCGUGCGUUUCACCGUCUAUUGCCGGCACCACAGCUACGCCGACAUGGUGGACAUGUACAGGCUGCUGCUGCGCAGGCAGCUGGCCCAGAGGAAGGAGGACUUCUGCUUCUUCGUGGUCUACUCGAACCCGGACACGGAGAUCCAGCUGUCCUUCAAGAGGCUCCCCCGGGGCCAGGAGCCCACGCCCACCGAGUCGGCCAUCAUGGAGUUCCGGGUGCGGGACGUGGGCGCGCUGGUGCCCCUCCUGCCCCGGCCCUGCACCCCCAUCAGCGAGGUGCGCUGGCAGACAGAGGACUACGACGGGAACAAGAUCCUGCUGCAGGUCCGAGGCUCCGCCCAUUGCAGACGCAGACACACCAUCGCGCAGCUCCCCCGCCUGCUGCCGGACUCCUCCUCCCUGCCGUCACCGCCCCCUCCCGAACACGCUCCCGUCCCUUCCUACGGCCGCGGUCCUGCCUCCUACAGGAACCGCCGCUACCAUCGGAACUCCUCCCGCGCCCGGCACCAGAACCAGGCCCGGGUGUCCCAGCCGGACCUGCCCCUGGCCUGCGACCGCGACCCGGAGGCCUUGCGGGCCUGCUGGACGGGCCACCGGUCCCGCUCUCUGUUCUGCCUGCCCUCGCUGAGCGGGGCUCGCUCCGCCCCCUGCUCCCCCUCGCUCGCCUCCUCCACCCUCUCCCGCCGCUCCUCCCCGGCCCCGCCUUUCCGGCUCAACGUGGACGCCCUGGUGGGCGCCGAGGAGACGGACGUGGACACCGGGCGGAAGAUGGACAGCGGCGCCGUGGACCUGUCGGUGGUCUCGGCCUACGCCCGGCCCCGCACGCCGCACUCCCGCCCCCGGCCCGUCUCCAUGCCCCCGCGCGAGCCGGUCCUCUGCUUUUCGGGGCUGUUGUGCGGGUCAUCGCCGGCCGUGGAUCGCCGGCGGCGGAGCUGCCACUCGACCUCCUCCACUCCUUCUAUCCUGCGCCGGCCCCGCCCACACAGUGCCUGCCUCCCUGUUCCCGUGUGGGACAGUGAGCAGGGCACAGAGGCAGAGGAAUAUAAUGACAUUGCCUCCAAGGACCUGCCUGUAGAGGAGGAGCAGGAGUUCUACAUAUGAACAGUAGUGGGCACCAGAGAGCCAGGAUGGAGAACGAAGCCCAAUGUUGUGCAAUACUUGUGGUGCU